AUGAAGAUCGAAGAAGUCGUGAGCACGAUCAAGACGCAGCGCGUGGCGUCGCACACGCACGUCAAGGGCCUGGGCCUGGACGUCGACGGCUCUGCCCUGCCCAUUGGCUCGGGCCUUGUUGGCCAAGAAAAGGCGCGCGAGGCCGCGGGUAUUGAGCUUGGGCCCAAGGUUCCGUUCUGCCCCAUGGUCGGCUCGGAAGUCUACUCGUCCGAGGUCAAGAAGACCGAGAUUCUCAUGGAGAACUUUCGCCGCGCAAUUGGCCUCCGCAUCAAGGAGAACAAGGAGGUGUACGAAGGCGAGGUGACCGAGAUCACGCCCGAAGAGACGGAAAACCCCCUUGGUGGCUACGGCAAGACCAUCUCGCACGUCAUUAUUGGCCUCAAAACGACCAAGGGCUCCAAGCAGCUUCGGUUGGACCCAAGCAUCUACGAAGCGCUGCAGAAGGAAAAGGUGUCGCCGGGCGAUGUCAUCUACAUUGAGGCCAACAGCGGCUCGGUCAAGCGUGUCGGUCGUUCGGACGCGUAUGCGACCGAGUACGACUUGGAGGCCGACGAGUACGUCCCGAUGCCCAAGGGCGACGUGCACAAGAAGAAGGAGAUCAUCCAGGACGUGACGCUCCACGACUUGGACAUUGCGAACGCCAAGCCGCAGGGCGGCCAGGACAUCAUGUCGAUGAUGGGCAACCUCAUGAAGCCCAAGAAGACGGAGAUCACCGAGAAGCUCCGCAGCGAGAUCAACAAGGUCGUCAACCGGUACAUUGACCAAGGCGUGGCCGAGCUCAUUCCGGGUGUUCUGUUCGUGGACGAAGUGCACAUGCUGGACAUCGAGUGCUUCACGUAUCUCAACCGCGCGCUCGAGUCGACGCUCGCGCCCAUCGUUGUGUUUGCGACCAACCGCGGCGUCUGCACCGUUCGCGGCACGGAGAUCUCGUCGCCGCAUGGCGUGCCGCUCGACUUGCUCGACCGCAUGCUCAUCAUCCGCACGAUGCCCUACUCGGUCGAAGAAAUGGUGCAGAUCGUGAGCAUUCGCGCCGAGGCCGAGAGCAUCCCGCUGGCUGACGACGCGCUCGGCCGCCUCGGCGAGAUUGGCGCGCAGACGUCGCUGCGCUACGUGGUGCAGCUCCUGACACCGUCGCGCAUCAUGGCCGAGACGCAGGGCCGCACCGACAUUACGGCCGACGACGUAGAUGAGAUCCACGACCUCUUCGCCGACGCCAAGCGGUCGGCCAAGGCGCUCGCGGAAGGCGAGGGCUACUUGUAUUAA